AUGUCCAAAUAUAACGAUGUUCCUGACGCAGAAAAUGAUGGUAAAGCACAAUUGAAAAAACUGUAUAGUCAUACAGAUGACGAUGAUAUGGGUCCAUCUGUAUCAAUGGCUAAAGAAGCAGAAACUAAUGAAGAUUUUGAAAAAUCAACUUUUAAUCUGAAAAGAACAAGAUCAAUGGGUUUAUUAGAUGAAUAUAUAGAUCCCACAAAAAAAUUAUUAGAACAAAACAAUGCUAAACAAGAUAGUAUAAACGCCAGAAUCGAAGAUUCUAGGGAUUCCCGAUAUAAGGAGAAUAAGAAUGUCGCAUACAAUUCAGAUUCAGACUCCAAUUCGGGUUCUACGUAUUCAAGUUCGAGCUCAUAUUCAUCAUCAUCAUCAUCCUCAUCAGGUUCCGAUUCCUAUUACUCCGAUGAAUCAUUAUCCGAUGAUAACCAACAAGAAGACCAAAACAUGACCUCCACGUCAGUUUCACCACCAUCUGUAAACAAUGACGAUAUAUUGAUCCCUCAGGAUGAUAAUGACGUCGUGAUAGAACCAGAAAGACAUGUCGAUUAUCUAUCACAUAAUUGGGAUGAAUCGGAAAUUUCAAAUUCAUGGAAGUACAUUAUAUUAAAGAAAAAAAAAAGAGAUAUAGACCUUGUCAAUGCAGCUAGAUUAGAAAAUGCAUCAUGGAGAACUUGGGCAAAGACUAGAAAUCAUUUGAAAACAGUAACACCAGAGGCAGUAAAUUGGUCGAAAGACUCAGAUGUGACUUGGUUAUAUGGACCCAUCGUACGUGAUGGUCCAGUAGAUGCACAACAGGUUGAAGAUAUAGAUGACACAUACAGUGCAAGAGGAUAUGGUUCUGAUGAUGAGGCGUCCAAGAUGCUACCUGUAAUCAAUCCAUCAAAACCUACCAAAACUUCAAGGACUUCAAAAUCUAAAAACAAAAAUAAUGAUAGAAAGACGUUAUUAAAACCUAUAUUAAAGAAAAGAACUGUCCCAGAGAUCAUAGAAGAAAAUUCUCAAUGGAGACUUAAUGAGGCUAGAAAACAUUAUAAUGAAAUAAAAAAUAUAGCAUCUAAUAUGGACCCUAACACAAAUUUUCAUGAUUAUGACUACUUAGCUGCAAAAGUUAACGCUCAAUAUUUUCAAAAACAAAAAGCUAAUCAAUCAGAAAAUAAUAAGCAGACAAGUUCACAAGAGGCUGUAAGUGAUAGAAAUAAUCCAAAUACAAUAGUGUCGUCUGAUAAUGUUGACGACAAUAAUGAUAACGAUAUUACAAAAAAUAGUCUUUUCAAGACUGGUGAUGAUCAAACAACAUCUUCCAUUUUAACGAAUAAAGCAAAACAAAACGCUAAUAGUGCCACAAAACCGAAAAGACACAUCCAUUUCAACGAUCGUGUUGAACAAUGUAUGGUUGUCAAGAUCCCUACAUCCGAUAACAGUUCCUCUGACUACGAAUCAAGUGACGAUGACGAUGACGAAAAUACUUCUGUUGUUAAUGCACGUGAUAGCAGCAAGAAUAUACAGUUUCAAAGAAAUACAUCAAGAACGUCAUUUUUGUUGAAUUCAGACGAUUCUGAUACAAGCUCGGCAUUAAAUUCAGAUUCCGAGUCCAAUGAUGAGGGUGGCGGUGACGGUUUAUUCAUAAAUGCAAGAUAUGCUAGAAGAUCAGGAUCAAUAGUUCAUUCACCCGUCUCCUCCGAAACAUCAUCCCUCAGUUCUAAAAGUGAAGGGAGAAAACACAAAGUGCGUCCGAUAAUCAAAUUAAUGCCAGCAACUACUUUAAAUUAUGGAUCGGACGAAGAAUCUGAUAACUCAGACUAUAGUAGUUACGGUAAUGCCGUAUCCCAUAAUGUUAAUACACAAAGAGGUUAUGAUUAUAUAUAUGACUACAAUUCCGUGUAUACUGGUGAUACCUCAAACUUUUUGCCAAUUGAUAAUUGCGAUAUAGUAGAUGUACCAGAUGGUAUCAAUCUCCAAACAUCAAUUGCUGAUAGUAACAAGAAUAAUUACAAUUUUGAUCAAUCAACCACCUCAUUGAAUCUAGAUAUAACACAAAAGAAUGACAUAGCAGUUCCUCAGGAUAACACCAAAAAUACAAUAGACAACGAUUCCUUUAGUAGUGAUGAUCAAUAUAGCCUUUCCUCUAAUACAGACGAUGACGAAUUUAUUGAAGAUUCAAAUUAUCAGAGUUCAGAUGAAGAUGAUGGGAAUUCUAGUUCAAAUGGAAUUAAUAUUGAACAUACCAACUGCUCUAAUACGGGAGACCUUAAAAGAACGAUUUCUCUUGGAAGAAGUACAGACUCAUUAAAAAAUUUAUCUCAAGUAGCAAUGAGCCCAGGUACAACUGUUACGCCACAAAAUUUUAUUACAGGUGAGAAUAUAACUAAUGAAAAGAAAAAUGCAAACCCUGUAAGAAGCAGCUCUAGACCCAAUUUAUCACAAAGGAGCUCUAAUAGAAGUUUUAUUUUUGAUUCUGAUAGUGAAGAUAGUGACAAUAGUGAUAUAGGAAAGCCUCUGGUAAAAUCUCCUGUGCUAUCAUCUCACCCUAUAACUGAAUCUAAUAACAGGACUACCACCCAUAAAUUGACGCCUCCUAGUAGGACGCCUAGUUCGUCAUUCUUAAGUCAUAAUAGCGAUCUAAAUAACUGA